AUGUGUACCGAAACCAUCGCCCUCUGCGACAGUUGCGGCUUCCACAGGCACAUGCACUACCACCUCUGCAUGGCCUGGAUCUGGAGCUUCCGCCAGAUCAAGUGGACCUUCACCACCCCUCUCUCCUCGACCCCGAAAGCCAAAAACUGUCCCUUCCUCGACGGCGAGGUGAAGCACGAGAUUGGGCCGGGCCUGUGUCCCAACGCGCAGUGCCCCGGCCACAAGCUCAAGGCGGAGAGGGAUGCAAAGGCGGGUGCCAGCAGGACUGCUGACACGAGGACGGAUGAGGAAAAGAUUGAGGCGCAGAGGAUCAAGAUGGGGCUUAAGAAGAGAAUCGCGCCGACGCAGGGGUUCCGGGACCCGUUGGAGGUCGGCCGGCCUCAUCAGAACAAGAUACCGGUCGUUAUUACGGACGGGAGACCUGAUGAGGGGGUGGGGCCUGUUCGGGGACGGGAGAGGCGGGCGGAGCAGCAAGGUCAGAAGGAGAAGGAGUACGAGGGUGCCAUUGCUAUUCAGCUGCCAUCUCCCACUGCUCAGGCGCCUGUUAGGAGGCAGAGGGACUACAACGGUCCGAUGAUGAGGCCGCAUUAA